GCUCCCCGUUGAUUAUGUGUAUGAGUGUGUGUGGGAGAAGAGACGAGAGUGAGCACUUUAAUAGUUUGGAUUUAAUGCGGCGGCCUAUGACACGCCAGGGGCAUGGAAGCUGACGGAACUUGUUUGUAAGAAGUUGGACGCGGUCGAAUCUGCACACAAGUAUCGACGAAAACUCAUACAAGAAACUGACGCGGACUUUCUCCGCCAUAUGCCACCGUGAUACUACCGAGCUGGCGUAUUUGAAAAGUGCAAACCUGAAGGCGACCCUGGAUUUUCCUCUUAUCGUUCCAUUACUUUUCAUUCGUAAAUGAAGCACCGUUUUAGCCUAUGUGACACAUACGCAAAGCUUCGCUAAGUUGCACGAGACAGUAGGAUGCGCGUAAUUCCUGGAUGCUCGAGAAAUGUAAACGACAACGCACCAAGGUGCAUCUGAAGCAUCGUUCCAUUCCUUGUGGAUUUCGGAAUGCACCGGCUUCGUCUGUUUUUCUAUGCGCGCCCCUGACUACCGGCGCUGCUGUCCUCGCGGUGUUGACUGCAGCACGCGGAGGAGUCUCUGUUGAACGGCAGGAUUGCGCAGUUGAAUUUUUUGGUGAAGGGGGGAGAAAACGAAGCGUGGAUCAGCUGUCCCACUCCCAUGAUGUCCACCCGAGAGAGUGCCUGCCGGAAGUUCCAGGCCAACAUCUUUAACAAGAGCAAGUGCCAGAACUGCUUCAAGCCGCGAGAGGUCCAUCUCCUCAGCGAUGAAGACUUCAACCAGGCCAAACCUGUCUAUGGCGGAUGGCUGCUGUUGGCUCCUGAAGGGACGAACUUUGACAAUCCCAUGCACAGAUCCCGAAAAUGGCAGAGGCGGUUCUUUAUUCUCUACGAACACGGAUUGCUACGCUAUGCCCUGGAUGAGAUGCCCAGCACACUGGCCCAGGGCACCAUCAACAUGAACCAGUGUAGCGACGUGGUGGACGGGGAGAGCCGCACGGGACAGAAGUUCUCCCUCUGCAUCCUCACGCCAGACAAGGAGAGCUACAUACGCGCCGAGAGCAAGGACAUCAUCAACGGCUGGCAAGAAGCCCUCAUCGUGUAUCCUCGCACCAACAAGCAGAACCAGAAGAAGAAGCGAAAAGUGGAGCCUGCUACCCCCCAGGCUCCAGAUCUCCUGAACCGGGAGUUCUUCCAGGGGACCACGAACGGGUACCCAGAGCCUGGCCCAGCCAAGGUGGCGGUGACCAGCAGCAGUAGUGUGGGUGGCGUUGGCAGCACCCCCUGCCUGCCGAGCAGCAUAGCACAGGCGGAGCGCGUGCCUCCCAGCCGGGCGUCCCUGUGGCAGGAGGAGCGAUGGAGUCGCCAGACAGCGCCCACCAUCCCCACCAGCCGCAGUGCCAGCUGUCUGUCAGAAGACGCCACCUCUCUGGGCUCCGGCGGUCGUAAGGUGCGAGUGGAGAGCGGAUACUUCUCCCUGGAGAAACCCAAACCGGAUGCCCAGUCCCCCGAGCCCCCAGAGCCCCCCACCACGAUGCCCCCUCUGCAACCCCUCCCGCUCUCCUCCAGGUACCACACCUCCCCCGACCUCCGCAUCCUCACCUCCCCCACCUCCCCUCCUCCUCUUUCCUCCGCCUCCCUGGCCUCCCCCUCUUCCCUCCUCUCCUCCUCCCAGAGCUCGCUGGACUCCGAGCCCAGCUGGGAGGGGGUCAGUGUGGGGGGAGGAGGAGUGGUGGGCGGUGGGAGCAGCAGCAGCGGCGGGAAUGUUGGCGGCAGUAGCAGGAUGGGCAGGAGCGGCCGGGAUUAUGCCAACCUGGCGGACAUCCCCCGUGCCCGCAGGCUCAGCCUCCGCUCGGAGAAGAAGCGGCAGGAGCUGAGGGCCAGGACGCGCAGCCCCGGUAGGGAGGAGGUGGCCCGGCUCUUUGGACUCGAGCGCAGGCGUUCGCAGGUGAUUGAGCGCUUUGAGCCACAGGAGCUGCAGGCUGUGGAACACAUGGAGACCACCAGCUCCGCCCUAGAGCCGGCCCACCCGUCUCCCACGGCCAAUCAGAGGCAAGGACGCAGUGACCGGCGGAUGCUGACCCAGAAACAGGAUAUGUCGCUGGAUGCGGCCAGAGAUCGGCCCAUGGGUCCGGAUGUGUCCAGCCCCUCUGUGGCCAACCUGAGGCGAGCCAAGAGCCUCGACCGCAGGGUGACGGAAUCCUCCAUGACUCCAGACCUGUUGAACUUUAAAAAAGGAUGGAUGACCAAGCUGUAUGAGGAUGGACUGUGGAAGAAACACUGGUUUGUUCUAACCGAUCAGAGUCUGAGGUUCUACAGGGACUCUAUUGCAGAAGAGGCAGCAGACCUGGACGGGGAGAUUGACCUGUCCUCCUGCCAUGAUGUCACAGAGUACGCUGUGCAGAGGAACUACGGCUUCCAGAUUCAUAGUAGAGAGGGUGUGGUUACGCUCUCCGCCAUGACCUCUGGGAUACGGCGAAACUGGAUCCAGGCCAUCAUGAAGAACGCACGGCCCACUGUAGGCCCUGACGUCACUCGGAAAAACAUCUGUCUGAAGCUCUCUGUGCUCAAGCCCAGUAGUUCUCUGCCGGACGACAAGGUGAAGGUUCGGGUGGCCCCUGACGUGACCUCGCAGCCGACCCCCACCCCUGUUGUCAUCGCCUCCCACAGCACAGAGGUCAGAUGCCAUCAGCAGCAGCGGCAGCCUUGUGACCUCACCAGUACCCCCACCGCCUCGGGCGAACAACCGCAGCAGCGCAAGAGCCGCGUUCGCGACCGGCGGCGGGACGGGCGCUCCAAGACCUUCGACUGGUCCGAGUUCCAGCAGCAGCAGACGCCGCAAGAGAGGGAGGCGACGGGCAGAGUGUCGGAAGGCGGCGGUGAGGGGCGACCGCCGACGGUAGUCAGCUCCUCCUCCUCGACGUCCUCGUCCUCUUCCUCGUCCUCCUCUUCAUCGUCCACGCCGGCCUCUUCGCCCACCUCCUCCCCCCAGACCUCCUCUUCGCUCUGCGCUCCUCCGGCCGACCAGAAGUCCAGCUUUGAGCCUCACGUUGCGCAGAGUCGGGUCAGCACGCAGACCCACACAACGCCAUCCCCAGCCACAGCCCCAGCAGCAGUGUCGUCACCGCUCAGGGCGCAGGACGGGGAGCAAGAAUCUGGACAGAUGGAGGUGGACCACCACCACCACCAUGCCAGGGGCCCCAGCCGAGACUCGCCCAAGUCCCCCAGCGUCCAUGUGGAGAUCGAGCAGCGCUGGCACCAGGUGGAGACCACGCCCCUGCGGGAGGAGAAACAGGUACCCAUUUCCAACUCCUCUCCCGUCCCGGCCACGUCGCUGCCAGCCUCAACGCCACCCAGUGGAGAGAGGCUGCAACCGCAGGAGAGGGUCGUCUUGCUCGACAGAGAGCUGGGGCAGACCCAGAAGGAGCUGGCCAAGCUCCAGGAGCAGAACAUCCUCCUGCGAGAGCAGCUCCAGGACGCCCGGGGCAGGGAGCAGAGCGCACGAGAGGGCUACGUGCUUCAGAAUGCCACACCUCCACUGCUCACCGGCUCCUCGCCCACUCCCCCCGGAACUCAACGGAAGUCAUGGCAACAGCGGCACAAAACCAAUCAGAGCCUCCAAAGCGAACUGGAAUCGCAGCGACGGAAGCAGGAACUGGCAAGCCAGCAGGUGCAGUGCCUGAGGCGGAGCUACAGCGAGGCCCAGGACGUGCUCGGGCAGCACGAGGCGGAGAUCGAAGCCCUGCAGGCCAAGCUGACAGCGGCCAUGACUGAGAUCGUGGCCAGCGAGCAGGCGGUGGCCCGCAUGCGUAGCGAGCUGAAGCUGGAGCAGACCCGCUACCGAGAGCGAGAGGAGGAGUGCGGCCGCAGCGAGGAGGCGCUGAGGGUGCAGCUGCGCGAGAGCGAGGGUCGGCUCCAGGAGGUAGAGGCACACCUGCUGGAGAGGAACCAGGCACUCCGGCAGCUGGAGCAGCAGCAGGCCCUGCAGAGGGACCACCAGCGGGAGGUGGUGCGCCUGCAGGAGCGCCUCACGGAGGUCACCGGCCGCCUCAUCGCCACCGAGGAGGAACAGGCUUUGCGGGAGCAGAGGGAGAGGAAGGAGAGGCGCUCACUGGAGGAGAAUCAGGAGAGGGAGCGGCAGCUACUUGUGCGGAAGCUGGCGGAGAGCGAAGAGAGGAAGACCGAGGUGGAGGAGAGACUGCAGGAGGCCCAGCAGCAGGUGGAGGACCUGGUGAGGGGAGGACGGGGUUACAUGGGGGAGGCUGCGGAGGAGAUGCAGUGCCUUCAAGAGCAGCUGUCUGUGCAGAGGGACGUUGCUGAAUCGCUGCGGGAGAGUGUGCGGAUGCUGGAGGAGGAGCGAGAUCGGCUCACCUGUCGUUGCCAGGAGCUGCUGAACCAAAUAUCUGAGGCUGACCGAGAGGUGGGCAAACUCAAAGCCCGCCUCAAGACCGAAGAGACGGACUACUGCACCCUGGAGAGCUCUUACGAGAAAGUGUCUCAGGAGUUUCGGCACAUUAGCUGCAUCCUGAGAGAGAAGGAGGAGGAGGUGCGGCAGACCAAGGAGAUCUACCAGCGGCUGGUGGAACGGAAGGAGCGCGACCUGAAUGAGGCCCUCAUCAAGAUGGCUGCUCUCGGAAGCAGCCUGGAGGAAACUGAGCUCCGACUUCAGGAGAAGGAGCGGCAGCUUUUCCAGAAGAGGCAAGGAAGUGGGGUUGGGGAGGCGGAGCCCUGUCAGGCUGAAAAGGAGCUGCAGGCAAAGUUGGUGGUGGCGGAGGAUCGCAUCGCUGAGCUGGAGAGGCACCUGGAUGCCCUGAGACUUGGGUUCGCUGACCUGAGGAGAGAGCAGCGCCGCCGGCACUCCCAGGAGGACCUCCUUGACAUUACAGACCGGGAGGAGCAGGAUGAGUCAUUCUUGGCGUCGCCGUGUCUGACCCUGACCAGGUGCAGCUCGGAGACUGAUGCUUCUAUGGUCAAGCGUCAGAGGAUUCGUUUCUCCAGCAUCCAGUGUCAGCGGUAUCUCCCUCCCGAUGGACGGUCAGACCACUCGCCACAACCCAACACCUCCUCUGACUUGACUCAGCUGGACUCCUCGGACACAAUCGCCCAUUCAGAGACUGAGCACUCGGAAAUGAGCUUUGCUUCCACAGACAGGACCUUUCAGUGCGGCAGUAGCGAUCCAGAGAAGUUCAUUUCCAUUAUUCAAGGUCUGGAAGCCAAGCUUCUGGCUACUGAAGAGAAGCUCCGAGAACUCACGCAGAAGCUGAACGAGCAGCAGGAUCACUCGGAGCAGAAGGAGCAGCCGGAUGGACCCACCCUGUCCCCCUGGGCCUCUCCUGACCGACUCUCUGGCAGUUCCCAGCAUGAAGACCCAGACGGAAAGUCAGCCUCCAGUCCAGAGUCUGACUGCCGGGUCUCCUCAGUAGUGGCCAACACAGGUUACGAGAGAGCUCUGGCAUGCGUGGAGUCCUGCAGGGAGCGAGUCAAGAUGGUUCUCGGUACCCAGCAGCAACAGGGGUCUGUAGAAAUGCAGCUGAACAAUCUGUCGGAGAUUGAGGAGGAGCUGGUCAAGGCCACAACCUUCAUGAAAAAGGCCGCAAUGGCUUGGGAGGAAGCUCGUCCUGUUUCAAAGGUUAGCAGCAUGUGUGAUCUAUCUGAUGAGGCUGUAGUCCGGAGCUUUUCCUUAUCAUUAGCUUUAGAGGCUGAGGUUUUGGAGAAGAUGGCUUUCUCUCUGCAAAACUUAAACUCGGACCUUCUGCAUAGCCUUAAUGAGAUAAGUGCAGAACUGUACAAAAUCAAACAAAGUGAUCAGAGUUUAACAAUGACAUUGUAUGCCAACAUGCUGACCCAAAAGCUCAUGUCUGAGCUGGUCUUUUGGGCAGAAGUUGAAAAACUGGAGUCUCAGUCCUCUGAAGCUUCUCAGAGUCCGUCCCCAGGUAUAGAGUCCCUGGAGAGCUGCAGUUUAGAGCAACGUCUCAUUAACAGUGCCUGUGUCAAGUUUGAGUUAGCCUACUCACUGGAGAGCCUUAGAAGCUCCAACCAUAGUCGGCUGGAGGACCUUCAGGAAGUUGCUGCCCAUGCUGGCCAGGAGCUUCAGCAGAGAGCAAAGGCUGUGCGGGAGCUGGUCAGGUCCUCAGGUCUACAGUCUGCUAUGCAGAGCCAAGAACUGGGCAUCAGCGAGGAUCCCACCCUCUCUGACAUAACAUCUCCGGAACUGGCUUCUUACUUGGAGCAAAUUCAGAUGGAGGAAGCUCAGGAUGCUGCCGAAGAGAUUGUGGACAGGCACAUGGCCAUGGAGAUGACCUUAUCUGGCGAGGAUUCACUUGAGUCACCUCAGGAAGGUAGGGAAAGGCUUGCUGCCGAGCUGCAAAAGCAAGCGGCAAUCAUCCGCCAUCUCUGCCAAGAUAUGGAUGCACUUUGUAAGUCAGAGUCGGGCGGAAGGCUCCAUGAUCUUGCCGAGACUGUCCGUGCCUGCUGGGGUUGUGGAAGGAACAGCGAGGUAUCAGUGGGAGCAGUGUGUAUGCGCGAGGCCCUGCUCCAGGCUCAGGUUGCCUACACAGCCUGCAAGCUGCGAGGCGAACAUCAGAAGGAACUGGAGCUCUGCUGCCAGGCCGGUCGCAACAUGGAAGAACUUGUGAGGGAGCAUGCCCUCAACAUGACUGCCAUCCACGAACAGUACCACACCUCCUUGCAGGAGGAGCGCAGAACCUACACCCAGACCAUGGGCUCCUUGCAAGAGGAGAACCAGGCCUUGCGAGGGGAGGUGGCUCAGCGGCUGCAGGAGCUGCAGACCCAGCAGGAGCAGCUGGCUCAUCUGGAGCAGGAGUUCCACCACGAGACUGAGGCGCUCCGCAGGCAGCAGCAGGAGGAGCUGCUUCAGGAGGAGGCCGGGCGGGCCCAGAGGGAGAUGGUCCUGCUGGAGCGCACAGAGGAGAGCCAGAGGAAGCUGGAGUGCCUGUUGCAGGAGGUGGAGGGCUUGGAGGAGAGGCACGAGGAGCACGUGCGGAAACUGCAGCAGGAGUUCCAGAGCAAAAUCCAGCAGCUGGAGCAGCACCAUGAACAAGAGAUCCUGAGGCUUCAGGCACACUAUAGGCAGCAGAGUUACAAGGAGGAGGAAGAGAGCCAGGAGGCCGCCGCACCUGAGGAGGCUUGUCCUAUGGAAGAGGGGGAGGAGCCAGAGGAGAAUCUUAGCAGGGACUCCAUGACCGUCCUGAGGGGACGGGUCCUGGAACUGGAGUCGAAGAUGAACAGCAUGAGGGAUGAGCUGGAGGGCAAACAACUGGAAGGCGACGUCGCAGGGCUGAAGGAGAAAUACCAGCGUGACUUUGACAGCCUGAAGGCCACGUGUGAGCGUGGCUUUGCUGCGAUGGAGGAGACGCACCAGAAGGUGAUUGAGGACCUGCAGCGGCAGCACCAGCGGGAGGUCAGCAAGCUACUGGAGGAGCGCGAGAGGCUACUGGCCGAGGAAACCGCCGCCACCAUCUCCGCCAUUGAGGCGAUGAAGAAUGCCCACCGCGAGGAGCUGGAGAAGAGCCAGCGCGCCCAGCUGAGCGGCGUCAGUGAUGACAUCGAUGAGCUGCGCAUACAAUACGACGAGGAGCUGCAGUCCAUCCACCGGGAGCUGGAGGUGUUAUCGGAGCAGUACUCCCAGAAGUGCCUGGAGAACGCCCACCUGGCCCAGGCUCUGCAGGCGGAGAGGCAGGCCCUGCAGCAGUGCCAGAGGGAGAACCAGGAGCUCCAGACACACAACCAGGAGCUGAAUAACCGACUAGCUGAGGAGAUCACACGUAUGAGGUCAUGUUUCAGUGGAGAGAUGGCCACCUCUCCUCUCACACAGGGGAAGGACCUGUAUGAACUAGAGGUGCUGUUGCGCAUUAAAGAGUCUGAGAUACAGUACCUCAAACAGGAGAUCAGCUCUCUAAAGGACGAGCUACAGACCGCUUUACGGGACAAGAAGUAUGCAUCGGACAAGUACAAAGGCAUCUACACGGAGCUGAGCAUAGUGAAGGCCAAAGCCGAUUGUGACAUCGGCAAGCUCCGGGAGAAACUAUUGGCUGCCACAGAGGCCCUCGGGGAGCGUGCCGCUGAUGGCUCAGCCGUCGGCGCUGGCUACGAUAUUAUGAAAUCAAAGAGCACCCCCGAUUUCCUGAAGAACGAACGCUCUCGCCAGUCCAGAGGGGUUAGGUCCAAGUCGGUCAGUGAGGUGGAAGCGUGGGAGAGCUGACGCCCUCCUCUCAUAGCCUUAAAGAAGGGCUGACUGUACAGGAGAGAAUGAAGCUGUUUGAAUCAAAAGAUUCCAGGAAGAUCUGAUCCUGCAACUUGCAUACGGGCCUGUGCUGCGCUCUCACCUGUACUCAUGCACAGACAUACAGUAACAGUUAUCCACCCCCACACAGGCUUAUUAGCUCAAACAGUAUCUUAAGUAUGGACUCGCCCCCUGGAAGAUGGGACUACUUCAUCCUUUUUGUAUGCAUGAGCAUCUGAUCUUCUUCAACACUUUGUGCUGGCAUUCGAGGUAAAGGUGUGUGUGUGAGCGUGUGUGCGCGUGUGUGUGUGUUUAAAAUGUAUCUUACUUGUACGUAUGUCUCAUUAACAGAUUGAUUUAUUAAUUGGCUUGUUUUAUGUGUGCAUGUUUGAACGAGGGUGUGUGAGCGUGAGUGGACAGUGGUGUGUACGUGUUGGCAAGGCAUGGGGUGUUUGACGGAGGCAUUUUAACCCUUCAUUUGCCUUUGGCCCACUCCCUUGUCAACAGGUUUGUUUGAGAUAGGUGUGCCAUUUUAUUUAUCCUAUAUAAAGAAAUUAAAGAAGAUUUUAAAUAGUUUAUUUAUACAUAGAGAGAGAGAGAGACUAAUAGAAAUUCUACUGUCGUUAUAUCCUGCUCUCACAUUGUGACCAUGUGCUGGUUUUAAAAGUGAUAAAAAGUGCUUUUGUGUACAUGUGUAGGAGAGUUGUAAUUUUUUUGCCAAUGGUGUUUGUGUGCGUGCGUGUAUACAAAUGAGUGGUGUUGUUGUGUGUGACUGACAGGGUUGGCGCUCUCUGGUCUACUGGAACCGAAUGGACUCAUACAUAAUGUGAUUCAUUUGCAAAUUUGCUAUGUAUAAUUAUUAUUAUGAUGAUGAUUAUUAUUGUUAUUAUUAUGAAAAUGUUUGAUAAUUGUGGGCUUUUUUGUAUGGACUGUCUUUGUGAAUGGCUAAGAUGAUGCUGAGUUAUCAUAUUGUCCUCAGUUUUGUUACACCCAAACAAACCCCCCACCUCUCCUUACUCCUUCCCCCUUCCCCCUCUCAUGCUGGUCAGGCUGGCAGAGGGCAGUGCAACCUAACCUGACAUGCCCCCCCCUCCAGCGCAGCACCUCCCCCCAGUACAGUAUUCCCCAAUGUGUAGAUAAUAAGCUAGGUUUCGCUGUAAUGCUUUUGCAGAGAUGUGCGGGGAGAGGGAGGUGGGGGAGAGGAAGGUCUCCAUUCACUGACCCUGCGGUUGAACCCCAGGAUCCCUCUCCCUCCCUCCCUCCCACUCUCGCCAAUCAAGCUACGUCAAUAGCAUGAGGUUCACUGGCAUUUUGUGCUGGUUGUUUUUUUAGCAUAGUUCUGGCUCAGGGUGUUGCUUCUUUUAAUAUUUCCUGCUUCUCCGUCUUGGUUUAUAAGAGGAGGAGGGUGCAUUCAAACAUUCAAAUCUUUACGCUCAUCAUGGCUUCCACCAGCAUCAUCAUACUGUAACACUUCACAGCACUCUUUGCCUUGUAAAUAAGUGGCUCUUAAAAUGUACCCGAAAAACAAGGUUUUACUUUGUUUUCGUUCCAUGUCCUCUCCUUGCCUAUCUGCUCUUUUAUGUUUAUGGAUAUUUUUUAUUUUGGUUUUGAAUGUAAUAUGUCCUCAAUAAAUGAACUAUUUCUGA